GCUCCCUACGGAAGUGUGCUUUGGCGCACCGGAAGCCGACUCAACAGAGCUAUGGCGGGUUUGACUGUGAGAGACCCAGCGGUGGAUCGUUCUCUACGUUCUGUGUUCGUGGGGAACAUUCCUUAUGAAGCUACUGAAGAACAGUUGAAGGACAUCUUUUCUGAGGUUGGACCUGUUGUUAGUUUCAGAUUGGUAUAUGAUAGAGAGACAGGAAAGCCAAAGGGUUAUGGCUUCUGUGAAUACCAAGACCAAGAGACAGCACUUAGUGCCAUGCGGAACCUGAAUGGGCGUGAAUUCAGUGGGAGAGCACUUCGAGUGGACAAUGCUGCCAGUGAAAAGAACAAAGAAGAGCUGAAGAGCCUUGGCACUGGUGCCCCUGUCAUUGAGUCACCUUAUGGAGAGACCAUCAGUCCUGAGGAUGCCCCUGAGUCCAUUAGCAAAGCAGUUGCCAGCCUUCCACCAGAGCAGAUGUUUGAGCUGAUGAAACAAAUGAAGCUCUGUGUCCAGAAUAGUCCCCAGGAGGCACGGAACAUGUUGCUUCAGAACCCUCAACUGGCUUAUGCUUUGCUGCAAGCACAGGUAGUGAUGAGAAUUGUGGAUCCGGAAAUUGCCCUGAAAAUUCUGCAUCGCCAGACAAAUAUCCCAACGCUGAUUGCAGGCAACCCUCAGCCAGUCCAUGGUGCUGGGCCUGGGUCAGGAUCCAAUGUGUCAAUGAACCAGCAGAAUCCUCAGGCCCCUCAGGCCCAGUCUUUGGGUGGAAUGCAUGUCAAUGGCGCACCUCCUCUGAUGCAAGCUUCUAUGCAGGGUGGAGUUCCAGCACCAGGGCAAAUACCAACUGCUGUCACAGGACCUGGCCCUGGUUCCUUAGCUCCUGGAGGAGGAAUGCAGGCUCAGGUUGGAAUGCCAGGAAGUGGACCAGUGUCCAUGGAACGGGGGCAAGUGCCGAUGCAAGACCCCAGAGCAGCUAUGCAGCGGGGAUCCUUGCCUGCCAACGUCCCAACCCCUCGAGGCUUGUUAGGAGAUGCUCCGAAUGAUCCACGGGGAGGCACUUUACUUUCUGUAACUGGAGAGGUAGAGCCUAGAGGUUACUUGGGACCACCUCAUCAAGGUCCACCCAUGCACCAUGUCCCUGGCCAUGAGAGCCGAGGACCACCCCCACAUGAGCUGAGGGGCGGGCCAUUACCCGAACCCAGACCUCUAAUGGCAGAACCAAGAGGACCCAUGCUAGAUCAGAGGGGUCCACCGUUGGAUGGCAGAGGUGGAAGGGAUCCCCGAGGAAUAGAUGCACGAGGGAUGGAGGCCCGAGCCAUGGAGGCAAGAGGGUUAGAUGCCAGAGGACUGGAGGCCCGUGCAAUGGAGGCCCGUGCAAUGGAAGCUCGUGCGAUGGAGGCCCGAGCGAUGGAGGCCCGUGCGAUGGAAGUCCGAGGGAUGGAGGCCAGAGGCAUGGAUACCAGGGGCCCAGUGCCUGGCCCUAGAGGACCUAUACCUAGUGGAAUGCAGGGUCCCAGUCCAAUUAACAUGGGGGCAGUUGUCCCCCAGGGAUCCAGACAGGUCCCAGUCAUGCAGGGAACAGGCAUGCAAGGAGCGAGUAUACAGGGUGGAAGCCAGCCUGGCGGCUUUAGUCCUGGGCAGAACCAAGUCACGCCACAGGAUCAUGAGAAGGCUGCUUUGAUUAUGCAGGUUCUACAACUGACUGCAGACCAGAUUGCCAUGUUGCCUCCUGAGCAAAGGCAGAGUAUCCUGAUUUUAAAAGAACAAAUACAGAAAUCCACUGGAGCACCUUGAUAGGUUUUCAAAAAUACCUGGCAAGAAAUCUGGAAAUUCUAUAAUUUUGUUGAAAUAUUGAAAAAAGAUGACCUGCAUCCUAACCCUUGAAUGACUCAAAUCAGUGCCAGGUGGAGGACUCCUAUCACCUUCUCUCAGAACAAAAUCACUUCAUUUUAUUGUCUUAGUUUGUAUAUUUUCUGUGACUUGAAAUAAACCUUCAACACAAUUUUAGUACACUGCAAAUUGAUAUACAUGACCUUUUUGCUUUUAAAAAGCUUAACACUAAGGGUGAAACCUUAAAUGUGUUUUCUACCCUUACUGCAGUAUUGUACUUUAACAUAUUGCCAUAGUUUUGUUUUUAUUUUAAGUUAACCAUUUAUUCUUCUUGAUGAUAUUUGAGCAUUUCUCAGAAGCAAUGUUUUCUGGAACUUGGUUUUUGUUUAGUUUGCUUCCAGUGAGAAUUAUUAUAAGGCUUUGCCCUCUGAAAACAUUCUAGGACUUCUGAGUCUUCUGGGAGAAAAUAGCACGUGCUUAGAGCUAUAAAAUGGUCAGAAGGCUAACAGAGCAAAGAGCCUGGCCCAGCCAUGUGUUUAGUUUAGAAAAAUCCAAAUAUCAAAAUGCAUUUGUUUCAAUAGCAGGUCUGAACAUGUAUAAUUCAGAGUUAAGACAAAAAUUGUUUUAGCACUGGUUUGAGUCUGUCAGCAACACAAGAGACUGUUGACAUUUACUUGUGUGUUCUUAAACAUCAGUCUAGGCAGUCAACUUUGAAAGUUUAAAAAGCCACUGAUUUUUCACAUGUUCGAGAUGAAAUAAAAACAGAAAUCCAAUGAA